AUGACCAGCCUGGUAAUCUUCGACUUCGACGGGACGCUGGUCGACACCCAUGAGUCGAUUGAACAGUCUAUCAGGCUCACCUUCGAGGCUUUACUUCCAGCCCAUGUCCCGCUUCGGUCAGACAUCCACUCUCUGAUCUCCCGUGGGACAGGCCUGUCAGACACGUUCCGGUCUCUGCAUCCCAAUAUCGAAGCCUACACGGCGGCAGCGGAUGAAUGGACAGCCAAAUAUCGAGAGGUUUAUGCCACCCACGGCCAAAAGCUCAUUAAAGCCUUCCCAGGAGCCCAGAAACUGCUACAAACCCUCAAAGAAUCUGGCAUACCGAUGUCCAUUGUGAGCAAUAAGGGAGUUGGUGCUGUCAAAACGGCGCUGGAACGGAACGGUAUGGGCGGAUAUGUGCCUGAGGAUUUGAUAAUAGGAGACAGCACGCCUGGAGCAAAGAAGAAGCCUGACCCGGCUAAUUUUACGGAUAUUCUGAUACCCACGCUCAAGAGCCGAUAUGGGAUCACCGACCUCGAUGUUGGCAAAGUGCUAGUCAUCGGGGAUACAGUGGCGGAUAUCCAAUUUGCGAAGAACAUCGGCUGUCGCGCAUGCUGGUGCCAGUACGGGUUUGGAGAUCAGGAAGAGUGCCAGAAGAUGGGUCCCGAUAUGAUCGUUGGCUCUCUAGAUGAAGUAGCGUCAUAUGUUCGUCCAUCGGUAUAG